CGAUUAGGACACCACAAAUAAGGUGGAAGCAUGCCUUCGUGGCCUUCUGCGUUGCGCAAAAGAUUAGAGCCCUUAUUGAAUCCACCAACGGAGGAGGAGAAGGAGAACAGGCGUAAGCUCAUUCAACGUAUCCGUUUGUUUAUCAAAUUGGGAAUUCUGAUUCUGCUAUGGCUGUUCUUCACCAUCACACUGGCCACAAAUGCGCCAGAAGAAGUACCCAAAUCCUUGGUGACCAUUUUACCCAAUCAAACGCUACUCAGAAAAGUGGGACAACUGCCGCACAACGAUGCGGAAAUUCGACUGGAGGGACCCAUUGACGAGGAGCUCAUGGGCUAUGCGAGUGUCUCGGAUGAAGUGGACUCUGUGGGCAUACGGAUUGAGCGUCGCGACUCGAGUCUGAAUGUCACUUAUGCGCACUCCGACAUGUGGAAUGUUUACAUCAAAAAGUCAGACACUCAGUAUGAAGAGGCGCUGAAUCACUUCAAAGUGCCCCAAGCAGAGGGCCACAAAGACGCCUCAGUGGUCGUAUCAUUCAAGAGCUACAGCGAGGAGCCAGUUUCAUUUGUCGUGCAGGUGGACACCAUGCCCGUUGACACCACCAUGGGUGUGGUUUAUGCCGGCCUUUUGCUCAUCUUUCUGUACAUUCUGAUCAUCUGGGAGAUUACGGACCGAACGUUCGCCGCUCUCAUGGUAUCGUCGGCAUCCCUCGCUGUGCUGGCCGCCAUGGGUGCACGACCCUCGCUGGAGACCAUCGUAUCCUGGAUUGACUUUGACACGCUGAUGCUGCUGCUGGGAAUGAUGAUUAUGGUGGCCAUUCUCUCCGAGACGGGGGUGUUCGACUACCUGGCAGUGUUUGCCUACCGCAUGGCCAGCGGCAAUGCCUGGCCCCUCAUCUUCUUCUUGUGCGUCUUCACGGGCACCCUGUCGGCAUUCCUGGACAACGUGACGAUGGUGCUGCUGAUGGUGCCCGUGACCAUACGGCUGUGCGAGGUGAUGGCAGUGCGCACAACGCUGGUGCUGAUCAUCAUCGUUGUCUACUCGAACAUUGGCGGCACUCUGACGCCGGUGGGUGAUCCGCCGAACGUGAUCAUAGCCACCGACAGCGAUGUGGAAGCGGAUGGCAUUGAUUUCUUCACCUUUACGCUGCACAUGUUCCCCGGCGUCCUCAUCUGCAUGUGCAGCUCCUUCUUUCUGAUUUAUUUUAUGAUACGCCACAAGCUGCGCAUACCCGACGUCGAUCCCAUGACCCAUGCCAUCCAGACGCUGGAGCGUGAGGCGGAGAAGGUAUCUCCGACCACGGCGGACGAGGAUGAGCUGCGCGAGGAUAUCCUCGAACGCAUCGAAGAGCUCAAGGCCAGGGCGAGGGCCAGGACUAGGCCGACAAUUCACAUGCUGGCGCCAGUGGACAACUAUUACGAGACUCUGGCCGCGUUGGAGCUGAAAUAUGGGAUUCGCAACAAGCCGCUGCUGAUCAAGUGCUGCAUUGCCCUGGGCUUCGCCAUUGCUCUGUUCUUCCUGCACUCGCUGCCCUGGCUGGCGGGUGCCUCGCUGGCGUGGAUUGCCAUGCUGGCAGCUUUGCUGCUACUCAUCCUCGCCAACAAGGAGGCCAUGGAUGUCAUCCUCCUGCAUGUGGAGUGGUCCACGCUGUUGUUCUUUGCCGCCCUUUUCGUUAUGAUUGAGGCCAUGUCCGAGCUGGGGCUCAUCCAGUGGAUAGGAGACAUCACAGUUGGCGUUAUCCUGAGCGUGGACAAGUCCAAUCAGAUGACAGUGGCCCUUAUGAUGCUGAUCUGGAUCACGGCACUGACCUCUGCCUUUGUGGACAACAUUCCCAUUACCCAGAUGAUGCUCAAGCUCACCGUUCAGCUGGCCAAGAACAAGAAGCUCAAUCUGCCGCUGGCUCCGCUCAUCUGGGCCCUGUCCUUUGGCGCCUGCUUCGGGGGCAAUGGCACACUGAUUGGCGCCUCUGCGAACGUGGUCACCGCGGGAUUGGCCCACCAGCAUGGCUAUAAGAUCUCCUUUGUGAGCUUCUUCAUUGUGGGCUUUCCCGUGAUGAUCUUUACUGUGGUAAUCGCCUCCAUUUAUCUACUCAUUGCCCAUUCCCUCUUUGCCUGGCACAAGACAGAAUAAAUAAAUUCAAACUCACCUUUGGCGAGUAAACAUUCAAGUA